AUGGUUUCAUUCUGGCCCUUCAAGGGUCACGACUCUACUUCGGCAGCGUCAUUCGAAAAGCUGCUGUCCAGCCUCUCGAGCAAAAUCAACAAAGAGAGCGCUCGUAAUGACCGUCUACGUCAGAGACAACGCCGUUACAAAGUCCUAUGGACACUCUACACAACUUUCGCAUACCUCCUUGCCGCGACCAUCCUUGUCCUCGUGACCGGUCUCUCCAACUGCACCGCCAUAGAAUACACUGGACUGGCCGGCUCACCUGUUCUUAUCUAUGCUGUAAGAACAGCCCUCGAUGCCUACUUCAACUACCGUCUCGCGUCUUCCCAAACCUACCUCAACGACCUGAACAAACAACGCGAUGAUGCAAUCACGAAGCUCAAGGACGCGACAAAGUACAACUCAACUCAGCAACUGCUGGACAAGUACGGUGGUGGCACACCUACAAAGUCUCCGCAGCAAAAGAUGGAGCAACAAGAGACGCCUACAAAGAACAAGCCUCAGUCUGCACCCGUCAAGCGAACUGGACUUCCCCCUCCACCUACAGCAAACAUCCCAGGACGACAGCUGCCCCCUUCAUUCCAGCCUAUGACUCCUCCACAACAAGGCGCGCAAUCUCGACCCGUUCCAACUCAACCACAACAUCGCCAAUCAGAACCCCAAGCCGAGUUUGCACCAAACGCUUUUACAGCACCAACUCCGCGCAACCAGAACCCAUACGCAUCGUCUGGCCCACGCUGGUACGACAGAAUCCUCGACGUGGUCCUCGGCGACGAUGAGACACUACCUAAGAAUCGCAUCGUGCUACUAUGCGCAAAGUGUCGCUUAGUCAACGGCCAAGCCCCUCCUGGGACCAGGAGUCUAGAGGACUUGGGCGCUUGGAGAUGCAAAGAGUGUCAUGCAUUGAACGGACAAGAAUCAGAAGCCAAAGCAAUGAUUAGAGAGAUUGCCGGGGAAUCGAAAGUCAAGGAAAUGCAAGAGGCUUCGGGUGCAGAGAAGUCUGUUGAGAAAGAGCAGACCGAAGAUGAGGCUAAUUCCGACAUGGAACAAGAUUCAGAAGUCAUCUCUGCUCCUGCCGAGUCUACUAGAAGUAAAAUCAGACAGCGUAAAAAGUAG